UAAAAACAAAGGAAAUAUGGAGAAUACAAACUAUUUAAAACGAAGGUUUAGAAGCAGUGGAUCACUUGACAUGAGGGAUACAAUGUCGAGUUCUUAAGGGUUUUUUAGUACAAAUAAACUAUUUGUUAACUAAUAAGGAUUAAGUUCCAACAUUUCUUCAUCAACCUUACAACAUACGGCUCUCCAAUAUUCCUUUCCUAGAGCCCAUAGGUUUAAUUCAUAAUCAGAAUAUAAUAUUUCAAAUUUAGAACUUCCGAGUUAAUUGGGAAGCAAAACAACUUCCUAAGGAUUUGGGGGAAGAAUAGAAAACUUCCAAUGGGCAUGGCAAGAAACAAACGCAAAGGAAAUGCCAAGUCCCGACAGAUAUGAAGUAAGAGAAAUUCCUGGGAAAGAUAAAUUAAAAAGGUCUUUCGGAGGCCCUUGGGAAUUAUACUCCAAAACAUAUCUGCCCUAUAACAAGUACCAAGCCCCAGAAGUUGCCAAAUUUCUUCCUGGUAAUUAUACAUGCUUCAUAAGAGGUCCGGGAGAAUACAGAGUUAGGAAAGAUUUGGGUUAACAUAGAUAUAAAUUUCUAUUGAAAGGGAAGGGCAAGAUGAUGAAUGAUAAUCCAGAUAACGGAGUUCCAGGCCCAGAGGCUUACUCUCCUACCACAAAACUAACCUCACCGUCUCGAUUCAAAGUAAGAUGUAUAUCUUAUUUUUUAGGAUAUCACUUAAGGGAUAGGUGAAAAAAAAGAUCCCUUUCGAUCAACUAGUACAACACCAGGUCCUGGUAAAUAUGAAAUACCAUCCGUGUUCUCGAAAAAACUUAGAGUAAGAGGAGGGGAUAAACGGGCUUUUAUAUGAUAAUUAAUAAUAACCUAUUUAAAAGAAAUUAUUUUAAUA